AUGCCUAAACCAGCACAACUAUCUGACUCGGUCCCGCUGCGCUCAUACCCUACGAGUAAUCAUCAACACCAACACACAAGGCAACCAUCGUUAUUACCACCUGACCACUUCCACGACAUCGAAAGCACAGGCGGAUCAUCCUCAGACCUGGUGCAUCUGAGUCGAGACCACUCGCGCCAACCGAGUCCCUUCACCGACCUCACACAUCCAGAUCAGUUCAGCAGCGGGCGAAGAGCAGCUGACGACAAAGGCAGUGGUCACGGGAGAGAAGCAGCUGAGGGAGGCGAAGCGGAAGGGGAUAGUGAUUUCGAGCAUUGGGGUGACGACGACGACGACGAUCUAGACGACCUAGAAGAAAGAGACAUGCCAUCAGAUUUACGAAGACCCUCAAAAUCAUCCACCGCGAUGAACGGCCACGGUGGACAGCAUUCACCUUUGCUUUCACAAAACGAUAAACAUGAUGAUCCCUCGGAACCCUCACUCUCCCACAGAAGAUCCUCCCGUUUCCACGAACGAGACCCGGACGAAAUGGCUCGUGCCGCGACACGGAAGAGAUAUACAUACGCCGCCAUCUUCCUCGGCAUCAGCCUCGUCUCCUUCGCCGUCCAAACCGAAACGGCGGUCUACAUCCAACACAACCUCGGCUGGAAGAAGCCCUACUGCAUGCUCUACUUCACCCACGGCUCCUGGUCCCUGCUCUGGCCCACUCAACUCCUGAUCCUGCGUCUCCAGAAAUGGCGCCAACCCUGGCCCGCUUUCUGGCGCCGCCAUACUCAACUUCUCCGCCAAACGGGCCAGAUGAUCGAACAUCGCACCCUCAAUCUCUCCCCGCUGCAAUCCAAGAAGAGUCCCAUACCUUACUUCCUCCGCACCACCGCCUAUGUAACUUGCGCCCUGACGAUAGCGGGAGGGAGCUGGUACGUCGCCGUCGACCUCACAACCGCGAGCGAUUUGACCGCUAUAUACAACUGUUCCGCCUUCUUCGCCUACGCUUUCGCAAUCCCCAUGCUCCACGAGAAACUCCGCCUCUCCAAAGUCCUCGCCGUCGGCAUAGCAAUCGUCGGCGUCCUCGUAGUAGCCUACGGGGACUCGGGCUCUGCGCCAGCCAAACACGGCUCUAAAUCCGGCGGCGGCAGUGGUGGGCCUCAUGCACCUGAGGACGUGGAGGCGGGGAAUCGGGCGCUGGGGAAUAUCGUCAUCGGGAUAGGGUCGGUGUUGUAUGGGUUCUACGAGGUUUUGUACAAGAAAGUCGCUUGCCCGCCCGAAAGCUGCCCGCCGGAGAAGGGGAUGCUGUUCGCCAAUACUUUCGGCUCUCUCAUGGGCUCUUUUACCCUCCUCGUGCUUUGGAUCCCGCUCCCAAUCCUCCACCUCACCGGAAUCGAGAGCUUCGCCCUUCCAGUGGGGAAAGCAGCCUGGGUUCUCCUGAUCUCCGUGUCAGCGAACGCCAUCUUCUCUGGUUCCUUUCUAGUGUUGAUUUCCCUUACGAGCCCCGUGCUCAGUUCCGUGGCGGCGUUGUUGACGAUUUUCCUGGUCGCGUUGUGCGACCAGAUGUUGCCGCCGCCGUUGUAUAGUCCUUUGACUACGGCGGCGAUUGCGGGGGGGUUGUUGAUUAUUGGGGCUUUUGGGCUGUUGAGUUGGGCUACUUAUAAGGAGAUGAGUGAGGAGGGGGAAAAACAUAUCGAGGAGAGGAUCGUGGAUGAGAGUGAGGAGGAGGAGUAUUGA